CCUCCCGCUGCGGUUGUUCACAUGCCCAUCAAGGGAAUUAAUUAAGGGUCCAGUGCCGUUAGCUCGAUUUCGAGGUUGUGCCCAAUGUGCCCAAAGAGUGUUGCAGGACGUACAAGGAGUUACUUGGUACCUUGAGGGCUAGCCCACACCCAACCUUGAAAGUCUUCAGCGUCUAGGAACAAAGCAGCUCCGGUGCCGCCCUGUCGCAACUUACCACCACUUCCCUUGACGUGCAACACAACCCGAGUGCUUUGGCUGGUGGCAUCUGAAUCUCGUUGUUGCUCCAUAAGCGCCAGCAGUCACCCCAGUUCUUGUCCACCCAGCGCGAGAACUUCGCAAGAUGCCUAAAGGCAAAUGGAUCGACCGCAAGACGGCCCAGCACUUCACGCUGGUGCACCGCCCCCAAAAUGAUCCCCUCAUCCACGACAGCGAGGCGCCGGCCAUGGUGCUGAACCCCACGACGCUGCCCAACGCCUCCAAAGUUAAGAAGCUUGACGACCUUGCGUCCGAACUGGGCUCCGACGCUGAACACAUUCGCGCCAACGAGGGCGAGGCUGCCAACCAUGGCAUCUACUUUGACGACACCGAGUACGACUACAUGCAGCACAUGCGCGACCUGAACACGGGCGACGGCAGCGGCGAAGUCGUUUUCGUGGAAGCAAAGCAGCCUGCCAAGGACAAGAGCAAGGGGAAGCAGAAGCAGAGCCUCGAGGAUGCACUGCGCCGGCUCGACAUCAAGGACGAGGAGCGCAAGAAGGGCCAACUGCUUGGCGAGGAUAUCCUGCCCUCGAAGAACCUGCAGCGCCUGACAUAUCAGGACCAGCAGAACAUCCCAGAUGUCAUAGGCGGUUUCCAGCCGGAUAUGGACCCAAGGUUACGAGAAGUCCUCGAGGCUCUGGAAGACGACGCGUACGUCGACGACGACGACGAAAUCUUCCAGCAGCUGGCCGAAGACGGACGGGAGCUCGACCAGUCAGAACUCGACGACGACAUCUGGGGAGACGAAGAUGAGGGCUGGGAGUCUGACGGUACGGCAAAGCCGACACGAGAAUACCAGGACACGGACGAAGCGCCCGCGCUUGUUGCAGUGGAUGGCUCAGCCGAGGGAGGACACCCCGCAGAGGGCCCGAACGACGACUGGCUGGAGGACUUCAAGAAGUUCAAGGCCGACGAGAAGGCAGCGGCCAAGACCUCCAAGGCGCCGCUGGCCGGCCGCACCGGAGCGCCCUCAGUGUCAGACCUGCAAUCGUCGAUGAUGACGACAACCACCAACGGCGGGCGCCGCAAGAAGCGCAAGGGCGCGCUGACCUCGACAUCGAGCUACAGCAUGUCGUCAUCGUCGCUUGUGCGCACAGAGCAGCUCGGCCUGCUCGACGCGCGGUUCGAAAAGUUCGCCGAGCAAAAGUACGACCCCAGCUUUGACGAAGGCGACGAGCUCGACGACUUCCCGCUGGACGACGACGACGUCGCCUCGCGAGCACCCUCGCAGUGGUCCACAGCCAGCAGCGUCACCGGCAAUGUGCGCAACGACUUUGACGGCAUCCUCGACGACUUCCUGGGCAACCACUCGAUGCGUGGCAAGAAGCAUGUCAGGAAAGGGAAGAAGCAGAGUGGCACAGACGAGCUCGAUGAGAUCCGGCGCAACUUGGGACCCGCCCGGGUCGGUCGCAAGUACGGCGUAGCUGCGAGGGCUGAGGGUGGUGGUGCCCGAAACGGUGGUGCCUCAAGCAGUAAUCCACUUCAGGGCAUCGCUGCGUUUGGCGCACCCGCCUCAUGAUUGGCAUUGGAGGUGUGAGCAAAGUGGAGGAAGGGUUUUAUCAUUGUUUCUGAGCUUGGCAUAUCAUCUGGGAUCAUUGGCGUUCUUGAAAGCUGCUUGGUUUUUUUCAUUGGCGGAAUAUACACAAACGUGGCAAAAGUAAGGACCCUGUAUUUAGAUCAUGUCGCAGAUGGGAACGUAGAGUAAGGUCAAGCGGUACAAAGGCACGCCGCAUCUCUUUACCGCUAUCGGUCAAGGCUUGGGUGGAAGCCGUUGGCUUUGAGAUUGCAGGUGUAUAUGAUCGCGUCGCGAAUUGCUCGUUGAUGGGCUCAUUGAUGGGCUCGUUGCCCUGUGCUGUUCGAUCACACCCGGCCCUCAGUCAUUCACACAUCGGAUGAAUUCAGGCGAUCUUUCACU